CGCCGAGUGCGGUUCGGUUUUGUUUUGGUCCUGGGCUGACUAGCUUCAGGGAACCACCUUUAUAAGAUUAUGUCAUUGCAGCCAUGGCCAAGAUAAUCUCGACGAUCAAAGCCACCCUUACGAGGAUCAUCUUUAGUGCACAUAGUUUGUUGGCCAUUUGGCAAGUAGUGGCCUUAAAGGGUGAUAUAAUAUACUGGACACUAUGUGGACCACUUUUAUUGCUGCUGCUCGAGGGCAUCUUCACCAUCAUGAUCAAGAAGACACAAGAGUGGCGCUGGUUCUGCCCCUCGGUGUUCCUCUACCUGAGCAGCAUUGUGCCGGCGAUAUGGCUCCUGGAGCUGGACAAGGUGGCUCGGAGAGUGGGCAACAUGACUACGACCAACUCCACUGUCUACAAUCCGAGCAACUACACCAUUCCUAUGGUCAAUGGUACUAGCUUCAUAGCCAGUUCUACCAACAGUAGUGUUCCUCCGGUGGCAACAUUACUGGGCCAGGCCGGGGUCACCAUUUCGGUGACCCCGGAUACUUGGACAACCCUCAUCGAGCAGUUUCUCAUGCUCAUCCUGAUCGUGGGUCGCUGGCUACUGCCCAAAGGAGAUCUUACCCGGGAUCAGCUCAGUCAACUGCUUUUGGUCUACAUUGGUACGGCGGCGGAUAUCAUUGAGUUCUUCGAUUCCUAUAAGGAUGAUUCUAUAGCAAAGAUUGGCUUUUUGGUGUUCCUUACCCUUGGAAUUUGGUCUUGGAGCCUCAUGCAGUUUACGAUUGUCCUAUCCGCCACUCGAGGAAGACGACCACGAGGCAGUGGGUCGCAUCAGAAGGAAGAACAUACAGACUGUUGCCAAAACUGCUGCUGUGGCAUUGAUGUGUGGGGCAUCGUACUCAAUGUGAUACUCCAGGAUGCUCCCUUCCUCACCUUCCGUUUGCUGAUUAUCUUCCAGUACAAAAUCAUUAACUACAUGAAUGUCUUUUUUACUUGUAAAAACUCUUUGGUGAUAAUUCUUCAGCUUUAUCGUCUCUACGUCGUCAACGCCGAGUUCUGGAAGAAUCGCCGUGAGAGUCGUAUGGCCAAGGCCCGUCAGUUCCAAUCACGAAGGAAAGUUCAGGAUGCAGAUCAGAAUAGCAUCUAUAUGAUUUCCAAUGAACGAGGUGGCGAUGUUAAAAAGAAGAUCAGAAAAGCCAAGGACAAGGACUACGCCGAGCAGGAGGCGGUUUACAGUAAAAAGAAAAAAGAUAAGAAGGACAAGUGGAAAAAAAGAAAGCGCAAGGACACUGGCUACUCCACGGCCAGUUCGCAGAACCUGUACUCCACCAAGGCGAGUGGAACAGACAAGGAGUCCCGUCGUAAGGACAAGAAGGGCAAGAAGUCGAAGCGCACCUGCAGCAGUUCCCCGAGUGAUUGCGAUUUGGCCAAAAAGCAGAAGCGCGGCAAGAACGCGGAUAAAAACGAUAAGAAAAAAUCCCGCAAAAUUGAUGCAGUUGUCGAAGAGUCUAGCAGUUCGAGUAGCAGCAGUUCCGACUCCAGCAACUCCACUUUGCCAAGUUACGAGGUUAUUGACGAAAAGAAAGCCCGUCGCAGGAAGCACCGUGCAAGUAGUAGCGACUCCAGUUCCGAAGACAGCAGCUCCUCUAAGUCCUCAUCUUCCAGCUCGGACUCGUCGUGA